ACCGAGGGAAAAUUGGUAGUACUAAAAUCCUUAUCCGAAUUCUAUCCUGAGAGAGAGAGAGAGAGAGAUAUGGCUCAGAUUGGUGCCUUUUCUUUUAGCAGUCCCAUGGAUUCUGCUAACUACCGAAAAGGUAAUCUACUCUCUCCAUCUUGUUCCCUUCAUUAUCGAUCUAACUCUGCAAAACCUAGUUCUAUCAGUCAAGAAAAACGCCAGCCACAGUCAAGGAAACAGCUCCAUUUGGGACCCGAUAGUGUUCGAGCAGCUGAAUUGUUCCUCGAUGGUGUGUACCAAAUGCGGCCUUUGCCACCCUUUGAUGAAAUUGGUGGAGCUUUGGCGACUCUUACGGUGGCGGGUAAGUACAGCACGAUUAUUUCCCAUAUCAACAGGUUGCAGUCACUAGGCAUUCGCCUAAAUUUUCGCACCUUGAACGGUGCGAUAAACUGUUACUGUCGCAUGAAUCGAGUUGGCUUUGGGUUCUCUCUUUUGGGCAGAAUCUUUAAACACGGUUACACGCCUAACAUAGUUACCUUCACCAAUCUGUUACAUGGACUUAUCUUACAAGAUAAAACUGGUGAGGCCGUGGAGUUAUUUAAGAAGUUGGAAAAGGGAGGUGUAAAGCCUGACACCAUGGCAUAUAGCGUGAUCAUUGACUGUCUUUGCAAGGAUGGGAUGGUGGACGACGCCUUCCACUUCUUAGUAGAAAUGAAGAGCAAAGGUAUUCGUGCAGAUGUUGUCACUUAUACAUCUUUGAUUCGUGGCCUCUGCAAUUGUGGCAAGUGGAAUGAGGCUACAGGAAUGAUAACAGAAAUGUUGGGUAGUGGUAUUCUGCCAAAUGUUCAUACGUUUACUGUGUUGGUCAGUGCACUUUGCAAGCAAGGGAUGACAAAGGAAGCAGAGGAGCUACUUGAAGACAUGAUAGCAAGAGGUAUUGAUCCUGAUGUAGUCGCAUACUCUGCUCUAAUGGAUGGGUAUAGUUUGCAAGGCCAGAUGGAUGAAGCAAUGAGAUUGUUAAAUGCCAUGGUGGAUAGGGACCUUCAGCCUGACACUUAUUGCUAUAACAUUUUGAUCAAGAGAUACUGCGAGAACAUGAAAUUAGACGAGGCCAUGCAUCUGUUCGAAGAAAUGCCUCUACGGGGUUUGAAACGUAACAUCUUUACUUUCAGAACUAUAUUGCAGGGUCUGGUUCAAAUAGGUAGACAUACCGCUGCCCGAGAAAUUCUUAAUAAGAUGCAAGCUUCCGGCCUAGUUCCCGAUGCUAAAUCUUGUGGACUCUUGUUGAAAGGCUUUCGCAAAAUGGGGAACACUAGCAUGGUUGUUAGGUUGUUUAGGAUAUUGGAAGAAGAAGGGUUUAAAUCUAACACCAUCAUGUAUAACAUGAUCAUUGACAGUCUUUGCAAGGAUGGGAAGGUGGAUGACGCUAUGGACUUCUUAUUAGAAAUGAAUGGAAAAGGUAUUCCUCCAGAUGUCGUCACUUAUAGUUCUUUGAUUCAUGGCCUCUCCAAUUGUGGCAAGUGGAAGGAGGCUCAAGGAGUGCUAAGAAAAAUGUUGGAUAGUGGUAUUUCACCAAAUGUUCUUACAAUUAAUGUGUUGGUCAGUGGACUUAGCAAGCAAGGGAUGACAAAGGAAGCGGAGGAGCUACUUGAAGACAUGAUAGCAAGAGGUGUGGAUCCUGAUGUAGUCACAUACACUAGUCUCAUGAAUGGAUAUUGUUUGCAAGGUCGGAUGGAUGAAUCAAUGAGAGUGUUAAAUGCCAUGGUGGAAAGGGGCCGUCAUCCUGACACUUUUUGCUAUAACACUUUGAUUGAGGGAUUUUGCAAAAACAUGAAAUCAGACGAGGCCAUGCAUCUCUUCCGAGAAAUUUCUCUACGGGGUUUGAAACGUGACAUCAUUACUUUCACAAGUAUAUUGCAGGGUCUGAUUCAGAUAGAUAGAUAUACUGCUGCCCAAGAAAUUCUUAAGGAGAUGCAAGCUGCCGACCUAAUUCCCGACAUUAAAACUUGUACUCUCUUGUUGAAAGGGCUUUGCCAAAGUGGGCACUUUGAUGAAGCAUUGUUCUUAUUUCACAUGAUGGAAAACAAAGGGUUAUAUCCCGAUAUUGUUGAGUACAAUUUCUUUAUUGAUGCAUUUCGCAAGAACAAAAACACUUGGCUAGACACCUUGCCCACUUUUGCCCAAGAAGUGAUAAAGAAGUUUGUGCUGAAGAAUAGACAAUUAGUGAGAACCUUGGAAUUAAAGAAGAUGUGUGUGUCGGGUUAUAUGUAUGAAUGUUGUGAUAUGAUCUCUUGGCAUGAUCCUGUUAAAUUGGAAGCCAUAGCAGCAUCUUCCUAUUUGAAGCCUGCUUGUACGCUAUGUUUGCGCUUGGGUUCACUAGAAUCAGUGAAGUUUUCCCUAAUGAAACCUGAUUUUAAAACUUCGGCUGCUCUUUGUAAUUUCAUUACACCUUUCACACUGAUGAGUAAACCCCAUGUGACCAAAUCUGUAAUUGAACCUUGCAGUAAAAGCUUCCAUUACUGGAAGAAACUUGUACGGGACAAUGGAUCCCUUGACUUAGGCCCCACUUCCCAGAAAAGGUCGAGAUUGUUUUCCUUGCUCAAGCAUAUGCAGCUCAGAAAUGCAAGUCCUUCCACUGUUUUAUCCUCCAAAUUUACAAACCCAUCUCAGAUUUCUAUCUCAAAACCCAAAUUUCCGACAAAAAUCAUCUCGUCUCAUCAGAACAGGUUUGAAUACUACGUUAAAGAGCAAUGUAAAUCAAAUAGAAUUAAGGUCGCUGAUGCCUUUAACUACUUUCAUAAGUUGAUUCAAAUGCGACCCACGCCAUCCAUCGACACAUUCAAUCACUUAUUCGGGUCCAUGGCGAAACUUGAUCGCUAUUUGGAUGUGCUUUCUUUAAACAGAAAGAUGCAUUUUGCGGGAAUUGGACCUGAUUUGUACACACUCAAUAUUUUGAUCAACUGUUGUUUUCAGUUGGGUUAUGUGGACUGUGGAUUAGGUGUGUUUGGGCAGAUUCUAAAGAAUGGUUUUGUGCCGGAUUCGGUGACAGUUCGUACUUUGAUUCACGGGAUGUGCAGGGCGGGCGACGUUAUGAAUGCUGUUAAGGUGUUCGAUAAAAUGUCUGAGGGGGGUCUUGGAGGGAAUACGUACACGUGCGGGAUACUUGUUAAUGGAUUGUGUAAGAUUCGCGAGACGGGUCUUGCUGUUGAGCUACAUAGGAAGAUGUUGAUGAGGAAUGGCAAGGCAAAUGUGCUUACUUAUAAUGCGAUCAUUGAUUCCCUAUGCAAAGAUGGGUUGAUUACCGAAGCACUGGAAAUGUUUUCGGAAAUGAAGGAGGUAAACGUCACCCCUGAUCUUAUAGCCUAUAGUUCUUUGAUUAAUGGGUUGUGUAAAUUAGGUAGGCUAGCGGAAGCUAUGAACUUUUUCAAUGAAUUGGUGAGUCGAGGAUUCGCAGCAGACACAGUCACAUAUAAUUCCUUAAUUCAUGGUUUUUGCCAGUUGGAUUUCUGGAAAGAAGCUACAAGAAUUUUCAACCAUAUGGUUGAACAUGGUAUUUCACCUGAUGUUGUAACAUUUACUAUACUAAUUGAUUGUCUAUCCAAGAAGGGAAAGGUCGGAGAAGCUCACAAAUUAUUUGAAAUGAUGAUUCAGCUUGGCAAGGAGCCCAACAUUUAUACGUACAAUUCUCUGAUCUACGGGUUUUGUGUGAUAGGCCAGUUGGAUGAUGCAGCGAAAAUUUUCAAAUUGAUAGCCGAAAAAGGUGUAGAGCACAACGUCACGACUUUCAAUAUGCUGAUUAAUGGGUAUUGCAAACAUCAGAUGGUAGAUAAUGCUAUAUGUCUCUUUCGGGAAAUGCAUGAAAAGAGCUUGAAACCUACAACUGUGACUUAUAACACACUUGUUGGAGCACUAUGCGAUAUGGGGAGAGUUAAAACCACUAAACGACUAUUUAAGGAGAUGCAAGUUUGUGGCCUAUCUCCAAAUUUACGUGCAUAUUCUGUUAUUUUAGCUGGGUUAUGCAAGAAUGGGUAUCUUGGGGAAGCAAUAGAUCUGUUUGAGUCUGUUAGAAAUAAAGAAAUGGAAUCCAGUAUUGAAAUUUUCAGCAUUCUCAUUGACGGGAUGUGCAGAGCUGGUAAACUACAGGAGGCGAGGAAAAAGUUUGAUGAGUUAGCACAGAGGAGCUUGGUCCCUGAUAUAGUGGCCUAUAACAUAAUGAUCAAUGGCCUUUGCAAGAAUGGGAUGUUAUCAGAGGCCUACGAAUUGCUCUUGCAAAUGGAAGAUAAGGGUUGCUCUCCUGACUCCAUUUCGUUUAAUAUCAUCAUUCAGGGUUUUCUUGGAGAAAAUGAAAUUGAUAGAGCAAUGGAGGCUUUGGGAGAGAUGCGUGGUAGAAACUUGUUGCCAAAUGAACGGGUAACUUCAAUGUUGCUACGCCUUGUCUUGGUGGAUGAACGAUGUCGUGCAAGCCUUGAGUCAUUUCCUGAGGGUCCCCAAAAGGAAUUGUUUCCUAUUAAAUCUGUAUAGUGCGGACAAGUAAAAAAAAAA